AUGUCAGUUUUAGUGGUGGUGGAUAAUAUAUUAAAAAGGAAGCCACAAAAAAGUUGGAAAGUGGUAUAAAUUUGUUAAUUAAAUGAAACCUAGAAUGAUAGAAAAGGAUUAGGAUCUUUGCUGUUCAUAUAAUCAUAAUCUUCCUAUUUUGAUGGUUAUUAGUGA